UCUUCAGUUUAAUUUAAGUGCAAGCAAGCGUAACCUGCCCAUGUAUUAAUGUGGAGACCUGGUACACAGCCACGGUAAAAGUAUUCUGUUUUAUAGUCUUGGAAAUGGCAAAGCGAGCAGGGCGACAGAGGAACCAGCUGCCAACCUGUUACUAUGAAGGAUACCUGGAGAAGAGGUCGUUCAAAGAUAAGACGUCCCGGAAACUGUGGACCUGCCUGUGUGGAAACACGCUUUUCUUCUACAAUGAUAAGAGAGACGCUGAUUACAUAGAGAAACUGGAUCUCAGUGGAUUCAUCUCAGUGACAGACGACAGCAGCCAGGAUCGGAACUUAGAUGCGGCCAGACUCAACCUCCAGAUGAAGGAUGGAAAUAUCAAAUUCACUGCUCCUAAUGCAGAGGCUCGUGAACUGUGGAAGGGCUACAUCCACUCUGUAUCUGAGCUGUCAGUCCCCUCCUCCCUCAACCUGCUGCCAGGUCAGAUCCACAUGCUACUAGAGGCAGUAGAAAAGGAGAAGGACAGGAAAAAAAAUGUCCCCCCACCUGUCACCUCCAAUCCCUACGUCAGGCUCCAAGCAGACAUGCCAGCCUGUUACCACCCCGUGUCCCGUCUGGAGGCAGAGCUGCUGCUUGAGAAAGAGGCCAAGAGAGGAAACCUGCUCCUGAGGCCCGGACGCGACGGAAACUCCUUUGCUGUCACCACCAGACAGGAGCAUGAUGGCUCCAUAUUCAGACAUUACCGUGUGAGUCGCAGACAUGAAGGGGGCUUCGCCAUCGAUGUGGACAGUCCUAUCCCCUGUGCAACGCUGCGCGACGUGAUCAACUAUUUAGUAGAAAAAACUGACGGAGUCCUGGUUCCUCUCAUCAUUGAGGAGGCGUAUGAAAAAAACAUCUCUUUUAUUCGGGCUGAUUAUGAAAAUGGAGAGACAACUGUUCAGCAACCCCCGCCAAACCCACCAAGUCUGCCUCCCAAACCAGUCUUGAAGCCAAGAAUGCCGACUCCUGAACCAGAGCCAGUUGUAGAGGAGGAUUUUUAUAUGAAUGACUCAAUGUUGGAGAGUGAAAAAGAGAAAGAGGAUUCCUCAGCUGUUGCACAGCUACAACCAGUGAAGAAGGUACCACUGAUGCCUCCGAUUCCUGCUUCUCACAAACUAAGCUUUACUACGCCAGCUCCCCCCUCUUCCUCCUCCACAACCAAAGAUCUGAGAGUGAGAGCCAACACAGACCCUGCAGGACAGAUUCCUUUGGCAGCACUAUCAGAGCUGAAACUAAAGCUGGAACAAAAGGGACUGUGUAUGGAGUGACCUCUCCUGGAGGGAGUCUCUCAAAGCCACCACCAUCUGUGAAACUCUGCUUCAGCAGCUGACUCAUGCCAGUACUGAGCCACCUCCCAGUCUGUCCCUGCAGGAUGAAGCAACACACCAGAACAGAGACGAGCCGGUUCAACACGAACAACCUCUUCCUCCUCUACACGGCGGCUCCGCUGCUCAUCCUCCUCCUCUUCACCGGCUGCCCGUCAGCGGUAAAGCCUCUCUGAAGAUUAACACUUUAUUGAUUCACCCUUCUUGGACACUCAUUAGCAAAUUAAUCGACUGUAAAGAGGGAUGUACACGUCACAUUAUCUUCACCACGUUUCUCUUGUACAUUUUGAACAUUUACCACUGACGAUGAUGUGUAUUUUUCCCCAUCAGAUUUUCUAUAUUAGUGUUGUUUUGUCUAUUUUUUUAAAGUGUCAUCAGCAAUUUGUACAUAGUUUUAAUAUAACUAUGAUGACUAUGUUCUGCCUCAUAGGCAUGUGAUGUUGAUGUGUAUAUACACACACACAUAUACUGUAUAUAUCUACUGCCUCUCUAUAUAAGAAGACAAAUUCACAGAAAUGAGCUGUUGGUAACAGAACAUCCUGUAUGUGAAUAUAUAUAGUUUUUCAGUGAAGUGAAAUUCCUUUAGUAUCUCUGAUUGCUUCCAUCACAUCAAAUCAGACACGUGAACAAGUGACUUUAAAUAUGUGCUAUGCAGAGGUUUAUUGUCGUUUUUUGUCGAACACUUCUUUUUGAAAAUGAGACCCGCGAACAAAGUGCUCUCACUCCUUUAUUACCUCAAUGACUGAUACAUUAUAGUGGAAAAAUUAAACUUUUUACAAUAAAUUGUGACAUCUUGUCAGCAUGUGAAAUAAAGUUAUAACAUAAUUCUCA